UGACAUAUGACAUUGACGUGACAUAUGUCAUAAAUUGUAGGUUAUGUUAUGAACCAACUUAUUUAAUUUCCUUAAUUUCCUUUAAUAAUUCUAUAUUAAUCUAACAUUGAGAGGUACAAAAUGAGUAACACUACAGAGAAGGCUCUAAAUUUACUCCGUUACCUACCAAGAGUCUGUAUUUCUAAUAUUAGGGAUAACCCCGGAGCCCACAAGCAAGCUAGAAGAGGGCGAGGUCAACAUGGUGGUGAUUACCAUGGUGCUGGUAACAAAGGCGCCAAGGCAAGACAAAGUUACACUCGAUUGGGUUACGAGAUGGGCAACAAUCCUUUCUAUUUGCGUUUCCCAUUUGAACCGUACUAUAAAGGACACCACCUGAAGAGACAAUAUCCUCCAGUAUCCCUCUUAAAUUUGCAAAAACUAAUAGAUACUAAUCGUAUUGAUACGACGAAACCGAUAGAUCUAGUAGCAAUAAUGAACACAGGCCUGUUUAGAUUGUAUCCUGAUCAACAGCAUUUCGGUUUUCAACUCACCGAUGAAGGCGCAGACAUCUUUUCUGCUAAAAUUAAUUUAGAAAUUCAGUGGACCUCCGAACCCGUCAUAGCUGCUAUAGAAAGAGCUGGAGGCUUCGUAACAACAGCCUACUAUGAUGCGCAGAGCUUGCACGCUAUGAUUAACACAAAAAAGUUUUUUGAAAGAGGAAUACCCAUUCCUCGAAGAAUGAUGCCGCCCCCAGAUGCGAUAGAGUAUUACUCGAAUCCGGCUAACAGAGGUUACUUAUCGGACCCUGAAAAAAUUUCCAAAGAGCGCUUAGUUUUAGCUCAAAAGUAUGGAUACACUUUACCCAAAUUAGAUGAUCAAAUUUUAGAAAUGUUGAAAGAAAGGAAGGACCCUAGGCAGAUAUUUUAUGGUUUACAUCCCGGAUGGGUCGUGAAUUUGACGGACAAGGUCAUUUUGAAACCCUUGGAUGAGGAGCUCAAGGAAUAUUAUGCUUCCUAGGUUAUUUUAUAGGUGUAGUUUUGAUAUGAAAUGGAAUUUUGUAUUAUUGAUCAUUAUUGAUUAUUGAGCCUGUAAGUGGAUUAUUCUCGAUUUGCAUCUUUUCAUCCUAAUUUGAAAUUAAGAUUCUUCCCAAAGAGAUCAAAUUAUUUUAUAAGCAAACAACUUUGCAAAUUUUUAUUCAAGUAGAUUUAAUUAGAAAAUUAAAAGUCUAUGCUUAACGGAAAAAUAUAUUAUAAAUCAAAUUAAUAGCGGCAAUAGCAACGAAAAUUUACUACAAUCAAGCCAAUUAAUUAUUGCUUUACUUUCCUCUUUUGUAAUAAACAAUCCAAGUAAUGAAUUCAACAUUAUCAAUACGAAAUAUCAAUGUUUUAUUUGCUCGAUUUUACGCUACCCGUUAAGGAGGUUAAAGAAAGUUAAUUACCGUUUAGUAAGGUACAUUAAAGUAAUAAUUUAUUGUAUAACCAAUUUACAAUUAAAAAAUAUAAUAUUUAUUUACAACAGUAAAUUUUCGCUACUGGUACUUAAAUUAGGCAAAGAUUUAAAAACACAGCUCCUAUUUUUCACUAUUUCAGUCUUUAAAGAAUUUUGUAGCGAAUAUUUUUUUCUACUACUAGAAGGGCACUCGAUGUCUAACGCUAGUAUGUUACUUCUAGAUAAAUCGGGCGAAUCCUUAUUUGAGCUUUUUUCGUUUUUCGGUGUUUCACAAAGGUCCUCCACGUGCACAUCGGCUUUUUGAAUCGACGAUGCGCUACUUCUGCAACACUUUACCUAAAAAACAAGUUCAAAUCCAAAAAUUAGGACAGUUGGUCACUAUGAAUUGUACGAGGGAUGUUUCCAAAGUUAUCGGAAUUGUGCUCUAGAUAAAUUACGCAGAACUUUGGAAACAUCCCUCGUAUAUCAAUGAAUAGUUUAUUGUACGUUGAUUAUCAUACAAUAUUUUUUUUGGCAAAUAUAUAGAGUGUAUUAGAAUAUCUAGCUUUAGUAAAAUUCAAUAGAAAACUAGAACAGUUUUUCGUCUUGGAAUUUUCCGAUAUUUGCCGAAAGGUAACUUUCAUAAUAUUUGCGAAAAACCAAUAAUUAACACCUGCAA